ACAAGACUCAUUAACUAUUGCUAUUACUUACCAAGCCCGUCUGUCAAAUUUCAUGCCGAAUAGCUCACAACAAGGAAGGACUACAAGUACAAAAAUAUGAUUCUUUUGGAGUUGAACAAUCGUAUAUUAGAGGAAACGCUAACUACAAAAUUUUCAAGGUGGUCUGUCUUCAUCAAAAAAAGUCCUGAAGUAUUUGAAAAAUUUGAUGCAAUUGAUAUAAGAUUUGCUGAUUUUGAUGGUGUGUCCUUUCAUGUCUCCAAUCCAGAUGGAGAGAAAAGCAAGAUAAUAGUUAGCAUUCAUCUUAAAUUUUAUUCUGAUCUUCAAAAGUAUGGGGCUGACCAGCUGAUCCAAAAAGUUUAUGGUGAAUACUUAACAACUGCCGAAUCAGGAUAUGAUGUGUCUCUUCUCAUAGACUUAGAGAAGUUACCUGGAAAUGACAAGGCGAAAGAGGAAUUGAUCAAAAAGGUUUCCAUGUUGAAGAGAAAUUGUUUUGCAUCCGUAUUUGAGAAAUACUUUGAAUAUCAACAAGCAGGAAAUGAUAAAGAGGAAUAUGCGAUUAUCAACUACAGAGAUGAUGAAACAAUGUAUGUUGGUGCAAAACCAGAUCGUGUCACUGUUAUUUUCAGCACUGUUUUUCGAGAUGAUGAUGACGUAAUCAUUGGUAAAGUAUUUAUGCAGGAGUUAAAAGAAGGUCGUCGUGCCAGUCAAACAGCUCCUCAGGUUCUUUUCAGUCAUCGCGAGCCACCCUUGGAAUUACAAGGGACUGGAGCUGUUGUGGCUGAUAAUAUUGGAUACAUUACAUUUGUACUUGAACCGCGGCAUACAAACGAAAAAACUAAGGACAAAACAAUCAAUUUGAUUCACACAUUUCGAAACUAUUUACAUUAUCACAUCAAGUGCUCCAAGGCGUACUUGCACUCGAGAAUGAGAGCAAAAACGACUGAUUUUAUUAAAGUUGUAAAUCGUGCGAAGCCAGAAAUCAAGUCAACUGAAAAGAAAACAAUCACUGGGAAGACCUUUGUUCGAUCGUGAUUUAUGAAAUUUCAACGAAAAGCAAACGAAUGAACUAGCCUAUGUCGAAUCACUGGUCUUAGUUAAUUUAGCUGUUCAAGUUACCUAUUUCUGCUCUUUUUUGUAUGAAAAUAGUCAAUUUUUGUAGAGAUUCAUGUUAAACUGAAAUUUAAUAAAUUUUCAAUCGAUAUA